AUGGCAACGCGGUCCAACCCCACAUAUGUGUUCCUCGUUUUCCUGUUUUUAUAUCUUCUCGCCGUGCAAUUUGCGCGCAUUCAUUGCAAGGGAGACCCUACGUCAUGGUUCUUCGAUCCUGCUGAGGGUUAUCGCCCAGAUUAUUCGUCCUUGAGGACAGAACAGGCGAAUGCCUUCAUCGAUAGGCUGCCGCUGAAACCAGCAGGCUCCGGGAAGCCCUCUUCAAAAGCAACCAAUGACACAGCGCAGACUCUAAGCCUCUGCGUAGGCAUCAGCUCCGUCCCGCGCAAGGGUGUCGAGUAUCUUCGUCCUCUGCUUGGAUCCUUGCUGGGCGACCUGACUGAAGAGGAGCGAGCACAAAUUUAUCUUGUGGUCUUGAUUGCUCAGACAAAUCCUCACGCGCAUCCAGCAUAUUCGGAAUCCUGGCUCGGCACGCUAGUUGAUCAAGUGCUUUUGUACGACCUUGAUGCAGAUCAGAUGACACAUCUGAAAAAGCUGGAGGAGGAAAAAGGUUCAAUGAGAGAAAAGGGCCUUUUUGAUUAUCGUUAUCUAAUGAAUGCCUGCCACUCUGUUGGCGCACCGUACGUUGCUAUGCUAGAAGAUGAUACGCUUGCAUUAGACGGCUGGUUCCAUCGCACGAAAGAAGCGCUGAAGGUUGCGGAGGAAAAGACUUGGGCCAAGGGUGCAGAAAAGUGGCUGUAUCUUCGAUUAUUUUAUACCGAAAAGUUCCACGGGUGGAACAGCGAAGAAUGGCCGAUAUAUCUCUUUUGUUCCAUUGUCUUGGUCACAGUUCUUGGAGCUGUACUAGUCAGUGCCCGCCAGUACCUCUCCUUCACCAGACAGUUGCUUGGUAAUGAGACUAUAGUUCUGCUUUGCGGAAUAAGCACGCCAUUGUGCAUUGUUUUGUUCUUUGCAGCUGGAAGAGUGACAAUGCUGCCAUUGCCAGCUGGUGUGAAUGAAAUGCCUGCGUAUGGCUGCUGUUCACAGGCAUUGGUGUACCCACAAACAAGAGUUCCGGAACUGCUAGCUUGGUAUGAAUCAAAGAAACUCGGUCUCGUGGACACGAUCACAGAGGAAUUUGCAGAUCGCCAGAAUGAGAUCAGAUGGGCAUUGACCCCAAGCGUCAUGCAACAUGUAGGGAUCAAGAGUUCCAAGGAAACUGCUGAUGAGCAAAAGGCAGAAGACGACACGAUCCCGAUACAGACUUUGUGGAGUUUUGCCUUUGAAAGAAAUGAUCCGCAGUAUCUUCGCAUCGAACGUCAAAAUGGGCCAGACUUUUGA